AUGGAUAUUCAAGCUGAGACUUAUUCAACAAUACUACCUUCAAUUGAUUCUUUUAAUAACACACUAUCUACUUAUCAACUUAAAGCAGGUUUAAAUUACCGGGGGUUAAACACCGUAGUUUCAUUUUCUCAAAAUUAUUUACAACUCUUUUUUGAUCCUUUAUUUUUAUUUCCUACUUUAAAAAGCACAAAAGAUAUCUUGGCUGAGUCUCACUCCACAGUUAAAGCAAAUAAGCUUAUUUUUACUUAUGAAAUUGAUAUAAACAAAUCUUUGCAAUUAUUAGCCCAAACAAGUCCAUUUAAUAGCUUCUAUUAAUUUUCAUAAAAAAUUAUUUUAUAAUUAUAUCCUUAACCAUUCAAUAGCUAAUUAAUAUUCAUAUCUAACAAAAUUAUUAUUAUCUAAAAUAUUACAAUAAAUUUUUUAAGAUAUUAAAUAAUUCAGUAGGCUCAGAAUAUUUUAAAAAAAAAAAGCUGCUAUUUAAUCAACCAAAUUCUCAAAGCAAUUCAAAAAGCAGAGUAACUUUUAUUCAGAUUGAAGAAGUCCCUCUAAACUCAUUUGAGCAAGGAUCUCAAAUAAGUAUUCUCACACAUUCAAAUAUUUUAAAUAUAUCUGGGCUAAAUAAUCAAUUUAUUGAAAAUGGCUCAUUAUCAAGUCAAUGCGGGUCAUCAAGUGAUGGGAAAAGAUUAGUAGACACAGAAACUUUUGAUAAAGAUCUGAUUGAACAAAUCCAAAAAGAUUUCCAGGAAAAUAGUGAAAUUGAUGAAAAAAAUAUUGAAAUUUCGCUGAAAAGCUCGUUUACAUCAUUAUUAGGAAAAUCGAUUACAAAUACAAAUGCGAGAGCAUCACUGUUGAAUAUGAGACUAUCAGCAGUUAUUAAUCAAGAAAUUUCAGCUAUAGAAGAUGGGUCAUUUAGAGGUGGGUUUGGGGAUAGCGAAAUUGAAUGGGACCCAAGAGGGUCUUGCCCAUUUAGAAAAGCAAGUGAAUUUUCUUUGUUUAGGAAAUUAAGUUCAAGCUCACAGAUAACUGAGGAGGAGAAGCACGAUUCUGAUGAAUCUUGCAUUUUCUUGCCAGAUGAAGGUAAAGCUCAAACAAUAAAAUUUUAUGCAGACGACUCAGCUUCUAAAAAUAUUCUCAAAAAAAUUCACACUAGACCCUCUAUAAUAAAACUUGAGCCAAAACAACUUGAAUCCCCUCCAAUCUCUAUCUCAGAGUACAUAGAAACCAUUGAAACAGAGCCCAGCAUUAAAUGGCCCGAUCCAUAUUUUCCUAUUUUAAAAAAAGCUUUAAUUUGCUCUUCACAAGAUAUUUCUUUUAGCGAAGAACAAACAGAAAUCCCAAACACCUUAGAAAUCAUUUCUUCAGUUUGUUUUUGUGGCUUCAAUUCUGCUUUAAGCUUAGAAUUUUCUGAUGUCGAAGAUUACAACAAAGCUUCAGCUGACCAAAAAUUAAAAACUCACAGCCGGCCUUUAUUAUUUUCUGAAAAAAUUGUCAAAAGUAUAGCGGUAUCUGAAGUCUGUUGAAUUUCUUGUGGAUUUGAGCACUGUGCACUAGUAACAACCUCAGGAAAAGUUAUGACGUGAGGAUAUGGGGCUUCUGGUUGUUUAGGACAAGGGAACACGAAAUCUUAUUCUUUUCCUAAAUUGGUCAGAGACUUGUCUAAUGAGUGUAUUGUAUAUGUGGAUUGUGGAGGGUAUCAUACUGUAGCUUUAACUGAUAAUGGUGACGUCUACACAUGAGGAAGAGGAGACGCAAAUCAGCUAUAGAAAUUUCCCAUAGAUGGCGCUGUUUGCCUUUGAUUUGCCCAUGAGAAAAAAUUUUUUGGUUUGACCAAACCAUAUGGGACUGGUCGAACCAAAAAAUUUCCCCAGUGGGCAAAUCAAGGGCAAACAGUGCCAUCUAUGGGAAAUUUCUAUAGGAAUUCCUACAGAGGAGCUUUAUAAAGAUGAGCUAGGCCACGCUUCACUUAGACCUGCUAAGCUGCAAUAUUUUACUGACCAAGAUAUUUUUAUAAAAUCAGCUGCCUGUGGAGAAGCCCACACUUUAUUAUUAGAUACCUUAGGAUGCAUAUAUGCAUUUGGCUGAGCUGAAGAUGGCCAAUUAGGAAUUUCUGCAGAAAAUGUCACAAGUGAUUAUAUGAGUAAAGAAAUUUCGCAGGUAACCAGCUUAAGUGGAAUUGUGGUCUCACAAAUUUCUGCUGGGGCAAAUUUUUCUGCAUGUUUGACAGAGGGUGGAAAAGUCUAUGUAUGGGGAAGUGGGGAGAAUGGUCAGCUUGGCACUGAAAAUUUUGAGAAUUUGAAGCAAAAAACACCUAUUUUGGUAGAAAAAUUGAAGGAUGAGUUCAUAGUAAGUAUUGAUUGUGGGGAAAAUCAUAUGAUCUGUAUGAGCCAGGAUAAUAAGAUUUUUGGCUGGGGGUUGGGGAAGGCAGGGGUUUUUGUUAAUUCUGAAGAAGGGUUUACACCUGGGUCAGAUUUAAUAUGCCAUGUCCCUAAAAUUGUGCCAAGCUUGGAGAAUACUCAAUUUUUUGUAGUAAAAUCAGGUAAAGAAGCAGAAAAAUUAUCCCCCCAGAAUGAAGAUUACAAUAAUUUAGCCUUAGCACUUACAGAGAAAUUGAGGCAGUUACAAGAUUAUGAUUAA